ACUCAAACAUCAAACUCAAACAGAAUUUACUCAAACUCAAACUUUAAAAUCCAAUGUUUGAAUUCCCUGUCUCUGAGACUAUCUGUUGUUGUGUUUUCGCCGUCUCAGUUGGUGGAAAUUUCGACGUUGUCACGUGUCUUUCUUUUUAAACAAAUUUUAUUCAAAUUAAUAUGAAAGUCCAAAUUAAACUUCCCGUGUUGGUCAAAAUGAACGAUUAAGACCUCUAAUUCGUUAAAACCGUUAAUCUUCCCACUCCGAUGUCACAAUAAAAUUUCGAAUUCUAACUUUGCAUUUUCGUACAUUCUGGUCGAAUGUCAUGGCACCUCUUACAAAUUGCAUAAAUAUAAUAACUAAUUGGCAUCCGCUAGUUAGAUCAGCCGAAUUUUGAAAUGCAUAAACUACACACAUGAAAAUCCGCUCAAUGAUGUUUUAGUUUUUAACAAUCCUAAACGUCAAGUAGACGUCGAAAGUUUAUGGAAAAGCCAUUAACUGGUAAAGAAAAAGCAUAAAUUUAAAAUCUCAAAAAAGUCAAAUGUUAAAAUUUAUCAUAUGUUAUCAUUUUUUGAGAAAAAAUUCGACCGUAGUUCGUAAUUUUACGAUUCGGCUAGAAGUCCUGUCAGCCUGAUGCCGGCACCUCUGGAAAAAAGCGUAUUUUUGACCGCGUUCCUGUUGAAAAGCUAUUUGUUUUUUGGUGCUUAGCUUGAAGGGGAGUGUUAUAUAAUAGGAAAGCCGGACAAUUGAUCUGCUUGAAAAGUGUUUCAUAAUGAGCGAGUCCCCUGUUUAUAUAUUUGGUUGUAGGUAUUUGAAUGUUUGUUCGCUUAACAUAAUCACUGUGUGGAUUGUUUGUUUUGUGCUUUGAAUGUCAUCGAGUACAAUGAUCAGAAAAGAACAGAUCAUAAGGGAACGGCAUAGCAGUUAACCUUGUUUGGUUACGUUAUUGGCUGUAAACCGAUGCCCUUUUAUUAAACUAACAAAUCAUGAACCAUCAGCCACGAACAAACAAAUCAAGCCGAGUCAAUUAGCAAAAAAGAGAAUAGAAUAUACUCGGAGACGUUUGAAGAUGUGUGGCAGUUUGAACAGUGAUCGUAAUAAGUGGAUUUUUAUCGGGAAUGUUCUGGGAUUGGUGGGUUAUACUGCACUGGCCAACUGUGUAAUUUUAACCUUCUCUGAACCAGUUGAUCGCGGUGUGUACUGUGGCGACCCAAGUAUUAUUUAUCCACUAAAAAGCGAAAUAGUUUCUGGUUGGGAACUUGUUAUCAUCACAACUUUACCUGUUAUCAUCAUUGCAGCUAUGAACUAUUUUGUUGUGGCAUUUACGGGUCUGCUACCAUUCUCAGAAGACAAUAAGCCCUCUCUAUUGGAAAGUUGCCUCUCUGUUCGAAAAGUUGUCCACAUAUGCUGGAUGGAAAAUGUAUUGGUUUUCUUGGUUAUUACUGCUGGAAAUUCUACUUGCUAUUUGAUUACGGAAAUUGCUAAAGUGUCAGUAGGAGAAUACAGACCUCACUUUCUGGCUGUUUGUAGGCCAAACAACGAAGCUUUCUCAAGCUGGGGGCAGUUCAAUUGCGAAACGCAAACGCUUAUGACUAAAGAUAAUUUUAAUUGCAGUGCAGAUAAUGACCUUGUUUACGACGCCAUGAAGUCAUUCCCUUCCGGACAUGCUUCUAUUGGAGCAUUUGCCGCUGUGUUUGGAGUUAUAUAUUUGCAGAAGUUUUUAAAACGGUUUAAAAACAUCUGUAUGCUCAAAACUCUGAUUCAAGUCUGUUUCAUUGUGUCUGCAUGGUUUGUUGCAUUCAGUCGCGUUGCGGAUAAUCAUCAUCACCUUUUGGAUGUUAUCAUAGGCCUGCUCAUUGGAUGUAUUUUGGCAAUAGUUUGUGUUGAAUAUUGCUUCCCGACACAGCAGUUCAGCUUCGGAACUGUUGGUUCAAAGAUAUCUGAGACAGAAAAAGAGAACGGAUCUCCGGGUCUUUCUAGAAACGCAACUGUAGACACAAGCAGUCUCAAUUUUGAUGUCAAUCAGAAUAGAAGUAGAUCACGCGAUUCGCCUUCUGUGACUUCAAUAGCAAACGAAGUUACAGACUACCAUAGUAAACGAAAGGCAUCCAGAGAAAAAGCAGCGAUACAGCCAUACGGUCUAAUUGCAUACGAAACAAGUGCCUAAGACUUAUUAAUAACUUUAUCGUGAUACAUAUCAAUCAGCAGUUACCAGUCUUAGUUUCAAAACAAUCUACUAGUUUUAGCAGUACCGAUCUUAAGUUUUACAUUUGUUAUCUUUUCGUGUAUAUAAAUUUGAAUUAUAUAUUUUUGAAAUCAA